UUCUGCUGUUUUAACUUAGGAUCAUUAAAUACGACAGGUCACAUAUUUUGUAAACCAUGUUCAACUUCAAUAUCAAAUUUGCGCUCUCUCUCUCUCUCUCUCUCUCUCUCUCUCUCUUUGCAUGAAAACGCGUAUCUACAACUGCAAUUUAUAACGUUUUCUUCCUGCUCUCCAAUAAAUUCUGGUCCUUGUUUCUUUCCAGCUAUUGAGUUCUGCCACUGAUCAUCAGUUAGAUAAUUAGGGUCAAGCAUCUCUCUCUCUCUCUCUCUCUCUCUUGCAUCAAUUCAUCAGAUCUUUGCUGCAGAUAUGCUCAGAUCACUAACCAGUAGCUAUAUGCGCUGGAAAUUCACGGAAACUGAGGGAUAGAUGUGGAAUAUUUGUUUUAUUCUCGGAGAGUUUAAGCUGAUCAGCUGCAAUGAUUUUCUCUGUAAGCGAGCGAUGCCCUUUUCAACGUUUGGUGCAUCUGGCCAUGGAAGAAGGUUGGAAGGCAAGGUAGCCAUAAUAACAGGAUCAGCUAGCGGGCUUGGGAAGGCCACGGCCCACGAGUUCAUCCGACAUGGAGCACACGUCAUCAUUGCAGACUCAGAUUCUGAGCUGGGUCCACAAGUUGCCAAAGAGCUGGGCCCCGCAGCCUACUUUGUCCAGUGCGACGUUACCAUUGAGUCCCAGAUAGCAGAGGCUGUAGAAACCGCCAUGGCCCGUCAUGGAAAACUUGACAUAAUGUACAACAACGCGGGAAUAACAGGCCCAGCAUUCCCGCCCAGCAUCGCUGACCUGAACCUUGAAGAGUUUGACAGAGUGAUCCGGGUCAACUUGAGGGGCGCGGUUGCUGGGAUAAAGCAUGCGGCCCGAGUCAUGAAACCUGCGGGCUCAGGCUCCAUACUGUGCACGUCCAGCAUAGCUGGGCUGUUGGGUGGCCUUGGGCCUCACUCCUACUCGAUAUCGAAAUUUACGAUACCUGGCCUGGUGAAAUCACUGGCGAGCGAGCUGUGCCGAAACGGGAUCCGAGUCAAUUGCAUAUCGCCGGGUCCAAUACCGACGCCAAUGGCGGUGCGGGAAAUAAAGCAGUUUUAUCCGGGGGCAACGGAGGAGCAAGUUAAAGAGAUAGUGAAUGGGCUGGGAGAGCUCAAGGGUGCGAAGUGUGAGGAGAUAGAUGUGGCGCAAGCGGCGGUGUAUCUGGCGUCGGAUGAAGCAAAAUAUGUGACGGGUCAUAAUCUAGUGCUGGAUGGAGGGUUCACCAGCUUCAAAAGUCUUAGCUUCCCUUCUUCUCGGGAUCAACCUGUGUAAUGUAAUCCUAGUAUAUGCCUAGAGUCAAGACUCCAAUAAGGUUUAGACUUGUUUUCGUUACAAACGUACACAAGUUAAUUGUUGUUUGCACACAUGCUUAUCAUGCAUGUGUCUUUUUUAUUUCAAGCAGCUUGAUUAUAUUACGUACUAUAUUUAAAUGUUGUUGAA